UGAGUCAGCAAGAGUUGCUCACUUAGCAGGGUCAGCAAGAAGAGUUCAUCGAGGAAUGUUACCAGCUUAAACAGCUUUGUAGUAUAUGAAUGACCUGUCUCUCCCUUAAACUCAGUAUAUAACAAGAAUUUGAAUUUGUGGAAAUGUGUAUUCUAAGGAGAGAAAUCAGCCUGUGCAGCCCAGUCUCCCAUAUCCUGGUGAUCCAGCCGUGGGGAAGAGUGCUUUAGCUCAGAUGUUCCGCAGUGAUGGGGCUCAUUUUCAGAAGAACUACACGCUGACAACAGGCAUUGAACUGUUGGUGAAGGCUGUAUCAGUUCCAGAGACAAGUGAUAGUGUGGAAUUCUUCAUUUUUGACUCUGCAGGAAAAGAUCUAUUUUCUGAGAUGCUGGAGAAACUGUGGGAGCAACCAAACGUCCUGUGCCUUGUGUAUGAUGUCACUAAUGAGCAAUCUUUCAACAACUGUGCCAAGUGGCUGGAGAAGCUGAGGGCUCAAGCAGUUGGGAUGUACAUCCCGGGUGUCUUAGUGGGGAAUAAAACAGAUCUGGUUGGUCGUCGAGUUGUGGAGCAGAAACAAGCACAGGAGUGGGCUGACAAGCAUGGCCUGGAAUACUGUGAGAUGUCAGUGAAGGAGAUGAAAAAUUUUGAGGCCCCUUUCCACAUCCUGGCAAAGUCAUUCCACCAACUGUACAAAGAGAAAGUGGAAACCUUUCACUCACUAGCUUGAGGGCUGUGACUGGGAAUGACUUAAUUAGCUUAUGAGCUCCUUCUGGGGCCCAGAAUCCUGUGGACUGGGAUACAGAGAGAAGAAAAAAGAUGAUUGCUCCCUCAUGGUUAUCUUCUGGUAAUUCAAAAUAAACUAGAAAUAAGCAAGUGGAAAGACA